AUGGCCUUGGUGCGCUACCGCCGCCCGUGGUCGGCCGUUGGUGGUCGUCCGUUGCCUUGCCAAACCCCUAGCCGCUCGCCCCGCGACCCGUCGCUAUGCGAGCUACCAGGACGAAAGUACGGUCAACUCAUUUGGACGCUGUCGACCAGCCGGCUGGCUGGCACAUGCGAAUUCGCCGAUCAUUUCGGUGUUACUCCGUGCAAUUCACCGGCUGGAGGUCAACCACCGUCAGUGCCGGCGCGAUUGCACCGCGCUCAGCAAAACACCACCUAUGCGAUCGCCGUCGUCCGAGUGAUCAGCGCGCAUAACGCUACGGAUUAG